CCGUCUUCGUGUAUACAACACAAAACACUCAAUUACGAUUUGAGAUAUGGACGGAAAAACUGAUCAAUGGACGGAGGAAAUAAACUCAGCAGCUGUGAGGACAUUGUUUGGAUCUUUUGAUGUCGAAGUUUCAGAAGAUGCAUCUAAAUUAUCGUUUGCUAAAGAACUUCUUGAAGAGGCAAAGCUGAAAGAACUCAAACAUGAAAUGAAUUUGCUAGCAAAUGAGGUUGUGCUCUUUCGAAAUCUUCCUAAGAAAGAUAUUAUACCGGGAACAGUGUAUGUUUGCGAAGUUUAUUUAGAGUGCAAGUACAACGAAGGUGAAAUAGAAAUUGAAGAAAAGGAUUCCGAUAAAAUAAAAUAUUUUAUCUUUGAGAAAAUCAAAAACAUCGUGAAAAUCAUCCUUAUUCAUAGCAAAUAUUUGAACGUUAUUGAAGUGAAGGAAAUACUUUACCAUAACUAUCGAACAAUUUUCCAUCCUCAUGAAUGUUAUUUUCAACAUGUGUCCGAAGAUUACGAAGAAGUUUCCAAGAGAAGUGGUCAUUGGAAAAUCACGAUGUAUACGCAACUUGUUAAAUCUUUAAUAAAGAUGAUACCGGUGGACGAUAUUGAACACAUCAUCGAUAGGGCUGCAGAUCGUUCCUUUUCUAAAGAAAGCAUUACAAGGUUGUGUUUCAGUGCAGUUAUUCAAGAAAGUGGCAACACAGAUAGUGGUCCUUAUUAUUGUUCAUUUUUUACUGUACGUCGACUAAAACGUGAAUUAGUGGAAAACACUAUGGAGUCAAUGAGACAAUUGUUAGUAUCAGAGGUGGAGGAUGAAAUAGAUCAACAUAUAGCAAAAUAUGUUAGAGACAGAGUAGGUCCGAUUCAAACCUUUAUUCCAUUGGAUUUUCCAACUAUUAUUAAUUCAAUAAGUUUUGGAAUCGCAAUCAUUGUUGCAAUAUGGUUUAACGUUAUUCCAGUGUUAAUUGUCUCUGCGUUUGUUAUUAUUGCUUCACUUUUGAUUGCCGUCGAUGUCAAUUCUAUAUCGUGGAGGAAAAAUGUAGCCAAUGAAAUUUAUGAAAACUUGUCGAAGAACAAAGUGAAGGUUAUAAAGGAUAUAUCUUCAAAUAUUAAACAGAUAUGCAAAGAGACAAUCGAUCAAUUAAGGUCUGUUUCCAGUCAACUCGAAAAUUUUAAAAGACGGAUAAAUCUGAUUGAUCAAGAUAAAGAGGCCAGUGAAUGGGAAAAGCGUCAUGUUAUGAAAGAUAAUGCAACACUGAGAAAGAACAAUUCUAUUAUCACUUAUAUUGCUGGUCGGAAUGAAAAUGAUAUGCCUAUUGUUAAGGUUAUUCUUAGAUACCCUGACAACAAAGCACAACAGUUAUUUAAAGACAACAUAGAAAAAGAAUUCGUUACAAUUGCUGAACUAACUAAACAAAAUGAAAAUAUUGUGAAUAAGAUAAAAUCGAACGAAUUUAGAAAACGAGCAGUUUCAGAGUCAAAAAAAAGCCACUUGAGUGAAAUAAUAUACAGCCAAGCAGAUCGUUUAUAUGCAAACCAUUCGACUAUAGUUGGAAUAGGAAUAAGUAAUGUAAGGUGUAUCAAUGGCGAUAUAAUUCGAGAACCAUGCAUUGUUAUUUAUUGUUCAGACAAAUCAAUUAUACCGUUUGGUGAGAAACCUUUACCAACCAGUAUCAAUGGAUGCCAUUGCGAUAUUAGAGAAAAUAUUUUUUUGUUUGGAAUUUGCAAUGAUUGUGGAGAAGAAAAUGCUAGACCAGGAUGUAGCAUUGGCAUGACCAUCAGCAAUGCAUUUGGAUCAGCAGGAUUUUUGGCCAAAUCAACUAAAACCAAUCAGACAGGAUUUCUCACAGCAGCUCAUGUCGUAAUUCGAGAAUUAGAAAAGCUAUACCUUGCAAAUGCAUUUCUUUCACAAUGUAAUGACAGUGAUGAAAGGAAUGUUGUUGUUCACCCAUCGGAAUGCCAUGCCGGGGGGCUAAGUAAAGGUAUUGGGGAAGUUAUAGAAUCCUACUGUGGAAACUACCAAUCAGCAGGAAUGGAUGCUGCUUUUGUCGCAAAUUACAACCCUACAGCAAGAGUACAUACACCUCUGCAGAUCGCUGAUGAGAACGAUUUUAAAAAUGUCCAUGGCACAUUGGUUAGAAAAAAAGGUAAAGCGACAGGCAUAACAGAAGGCAUUCUAGUCAGUGGACUAUUUACGAUGGCUAUAACCAGGGUUGUCUAUCCUAAAAUAUAUAGGUUUGAUUUUUGCUAUAGAAUAAUAGAUAAGCCUGGCGUUAGAACAUUCUUUGAACCUGGAGAUUCUGGAUCAGGAGUCUAUUUAAUAGACAAUGGAGGAAAAAAGAAACCUCUAGGGAUUGCCUUUGCUAGAGGUAUAUACGGCGAUACCGUUGCAUGCAGGAUAGAAAAUGUCACACGGGCCUUUGAUUUAUCAUUAUAUGAUGAGGAAGAGCCGGUUACAGAACCAAUGGAAGUUGACGUAGAACCAAUGGAAGUGGAUGUGGAUUUCGGUGAAAUGUUUGAAAUGCUUGAAUUAAUGGAUACUCCAUAAGUCUG